AUGGUUAAUGUACCUGAGGUUUCUUAUAUAAUAAGGGUGGGAGGAAAGCAGGGAUUUCCGUCACAUAUAUAUAUAUUAUUAUUAUUAUUAUUAUUAUUAUUAUUAUUAGCUAGGUUUGUGUGUGUGUGUGUGGAAGAAGAAGAUGUAAAGGGAGAGGAGAGGGGGAUAGAAAAAGAGAAAAGAGGAAAGGGGUAUAGUGGAGAUGUAGUUGUUGAGAUUAUUUUAUGUGGGAGAGAGAGAGGGAGAGGGAUACGUGGUUCUUAG